AUGGCCACAAAACGAAAGGCAUCGGCCUUAAAUGCCGCGGUGGAUGACGAGCCGGCCGAUCCAACGGAUGAAUUGGCCUUUUAUUGUCUAGGAGGUGGAAAUGAAGUCGGGCGAUCAUGUCAUAUAAUCCAGUAUAAGGGCAAAACAGUGAUGCUUGACGCCGGUAUGCAUCCUGCGAAAGAAGGCUUCUCGGCUCUGCCCUUCUUUGACGAAUUUGACCUUAGCACGGUAGAUAUUCUUCUGAUCAGCCAGUAUGUGGGACAGUCUCUCUUUUGCGUUCCCCUAGUCACCCUUCCUACACCGUCGCCCCUGAGCAAGCUGGGGUUGUUCAUGGCCGUGGAUAGCAUCCCACACCACAUCUCUCCUUGGUUUCCCAGCAUGGUGGCAGAUUUCCAUGUUGAUCAUUCCUCCGCGCUCCCUUAUGUGCUCAGCAAGACCAAUUUCAAGGGCCGUGUAUUCAUGACACACGCCACCAAAGCCAUCUACAAAUGGUUGAUUCAGGACAAUGUGCGUGUGAGCAGCACGGCCUCGUCUUCGGAUCAACGCACCACUCUGUAUACCGAGCAGGACCAUUUGUCCACGCUUCCCUUGAUCGAGACGAUCGACUUCAACACAACGCACACUAUCAAUAGCAUUCGCAUUACUCCCUUCCCUGCUGGCCACGUCCUUGGUGCAGCAAUGUUUCUGAUUUCAAUUGCCGGCCUCAACAUCCUCUUUACCGGUGACUAUUCUCGUGAGGAAGACAGACACCUGAUCCCCGCCGAAGUUCCCAAAGGUGUGAAAAUCGACGUGCUUAUCACCGAGUCAACGUUCGGCAUUUCGUCGAAUCCCCCCCGCCUGGAACGUGAAGCGGCCCUGAUGAAAGCCAUUACCGGAGUCUUGAAUCGCGGAGGCAGGGUCUUAAUGCCGGUGUUUGCCCUGGGUCGCGCCCAGGAGUUGUUGCUCAUUCUGGAUGAAUACUGGGAGACACAUCCCGAACUUCAGAAGAUACCUAUCUACUAUAUCGGAAAUACGGCUCGCAGAUGUAUGGUCGUGUAUCAAACAUAUAUAGGUGCAAUGAACGAUAACAUUAAGCGACUCUUCCGUCAGCGUAUGGCGGAAGCGGAAGCUAGUGGUGACAAGAGUGUCAGUGCAGGGCCCUGGGACUUCAGAUUCGUCAGAAGUUUGCGCAGCCUGGAACGUUUCGAUGAUGUAGGAGGAUGUGUUAUGCUGGCUUCACCAGGUAUGCUCCAGACAGGAACCAGUAGGGAGCUUCUGGAGCGGUGGGCCCCAAACGAACGCAAUGGUGUGGUCAUGACAGGCUACAGUGUUGAGGGCACAAUGGCCAAGCAGAUCCUGAACGAACCAGAGCAAAUCCCUGCGGUCAUGUCAAGAGCAACGACGGGAUUGGUGAGGCGAGGCAUGGCUGCCGGAAAUGAAGAAGAGCAGAAGGUUAUGAUUCCCAGAAGAUGUACAGUGGACGAGGUCAGUUUCGCCGCCCAUGUAGAUGGAGUUGAGAACAGAAAUUUCAUUGAAGAAGUCUCUGCACCUGUCGUGAUCCUUGUCCACGGUGAAAAACACCAAAUGAUGCGACUCAAGUCGAAGCUGCUCAGUCUCAAUGCCGAGAAGACUGUGAAAGUCAAGGUCUACACGCCGGGUAAUUGCGAAGAGGUUCGCAUCCCUUUCAAGAAGGACAAGAUCGCGAAGGUAGUGGGGAAACUGGCUCAAAUCGCGCCUCCUUCGGAGCAAGACGAUGGCCAGCUCAUGUCUGGUGUCCUCGUCCAGAAUGGCUUCAACCUAUCACUAAUGGCACCUGACGAUCUCCGCGAAUAUGCUGGGUUGACAACUACCGCUAUCACAUGCAAGCAGCAUAUUACGUUGAGCUCUGCAAGCAUGGACUUGAUUAAAUGGGCUCUCGAAGGUACCUUUGGUGCCAUCGAAGAAGUCGGCAAAUCCCAGCAGGAGGUUGUCAAGAAGGGACAGGAAGAUGAAAUGGAUAAAGCCAACGGGGAGAAGUUCAAGGAAGAAACCGCCGAUGAAGAAAUCCCCAUGGGAGAUACGCAAACCUACCUGGUCAUGGGUUGCGUGCUCAUCCGAUACUAUCCUCGCACUCGCGAAGUCGAACUUGAAUGGGAAGGGAACAUGAUGAACGAUGGAGUUGCUGAUGCAGUCAUGGCGGUCCUCCUGACUGUUGAGAGCAGCCCUGCUUCAGUGAAACAAUCCGCAAAGCACAAGCAUCACCAUCACCACCACCAUCACGACGACGACCACGCCCAUCAGAUCCCCAACCCCCACUCCAACGUCGGACCAGAAGAGCGUUUCCGACGUCUCCUCAUGAUGCUCCAAGCACAAUUCGGCUCUGAGAUCACAGCCAUCGAGCGUCCACGCCUACCGCCCAAUAGCAUUACGAACGGCACCACCAACAAAGUUGACUCCGACGACAAGUCGACCCCUGUGAAGGAAGAAGAAGAAGAGGAGGAAGAGGAAGACGAAGAUGACCUAACAGAGCUAGAAGCAGCCGAGAUUUCUCGUCUCCACGCACUAGGCAUUCCAUUCCCGGGGCUCGAAAUCAAGGUCGACAAGCACAUCGCCCGGAUAUGGCUGGAAGAUUUGGAAGUGGAGUGCGCCAACCCUGCACUAAGGGAUCGGGUCCGCGUCGUCGUCGAACGAGCCGUGGAAACUGUGGCGAGCAUGUGGGCAGAGGGACCUGCGCCUGCUACAGUGGUAGCCGCAAAUGGAGAAAGCAAGGAUCAGGAUGCUUCUACGGGAUUGAAGGCGACAGCGAUUGAGGCUAAAGCGUGAUAUGAAGCUAUAAUUGGUGUAUGUAACUAUAAGCUUCCUGUUAUGUUCCAUUUGAACUAGUCACUAUUUCCUCCCAGCCAGUACCUUAACGCAUGAUAGUUUGGCAAUGGUCAACCAACU